GCUCCGUUCGCAGCCACGACUCUCGCCCAUAAACUUCCCUUCUCCGAUCGGUUGGGCUUCCGUUCCAUCCCUGCGAGAUCGAUCGCCGCCGCGUUUUUCUUCUUCUUCUGAUCGAUUGCGAUCAGUUUGCGAAACCGUUGCGGAUCACUCUUUUUAUCGCUCGAUUGCCUCUCCGGACCUCUUCAGGCGAUCUCAGGAUCGAGUGAGAAGGAAGCCUUCAGCCUCGGAAUCGACAUCUAAAACUGAUCGUUCUAGGAAUCUGAAUCUAGGAGCUUUGAGUUUGCCGGAUUCAUCCGGAUUUAUACCCUUAAGGCUUCCGUCUCUAUGCUCGCCGCCGGAUCCGCUCGAUUCUUCCUGAAUCCUAGCGAGAAGAAAUCCCUAGAUAGUAUGGCGAGGGAUCGCCCACGCGGGGGCCGUGCUUUGGAUGGGGAGACGUCUGAUGAUGACUCUUCGGAGUCGGUGGAGGAGAUCUCGGCAGAAGAUUUCAAGCAGGAAGGAAGAGCUGGGAGAUCUAGGGUUUGGAUGGGCUACCCGAUGCCGAAGAACUAUGGCCCCAGUCUGUAUAACUUCGCCUGGGCGCAGGCUGUGCAGGAUAAGCCUUUGCGAUUAGAUUUGAAGCCGAUGAGUGCAGGCGAUCUCACUGGCAACGUCAAUGCCAAGGGUAAACCGAAAGAGGAGGAAGCUUACGAUGUGAUUAUGGAAGAUAGCAUCCAGGAGGGCGACGUUGGAAUGGAGUUGGAGGAAGGGGAGUUGGAGGAAGGGGAGAUUGAGCUUGGGUCUGAGCCGUUGGUGGUCGAUGAAACUACUGAGAUGCCUUCGAAUGAACCUGAGAAUAAGACAGAAAAGAAGGAAUCAGAUGGAGAAGAGUUACAAGAUAUUGAUGAAUUUGACAAGCGUAUAAGCUUAAUCCUGGAAGAGCUCGAUAUGAUUACUGUGGAAGAGGCAGAGAAAUCCUUUGAAGGUGUAUGUUUGAGGUUGCGCAAGUCUUUUGAAGACUUGAAGCCUAUGUUUACUGGCAUAGAGAAUUCAGAUACAGUUGUGCAUGUUCUAGUCCAACAGGCUUUUGUGGCAAUACAAACGACUUAUUCUGCACUCAAUUCAGUUACAAUGCAGAAGAAGGACCAGAAUAAACAACUGCUCAUGAGGUUGCUGAUUCACGUAAAGAACCAGUAUUCUGUCAUUUUUAAUCCAGAACAAGUUUGGGAGAUUGAUAAUCUGGUCAAUUCGCUUGUUUUUGAGGAUAAUAAAAAAGAGAAAGAGGAGCAUGCCGAUAUCAAUAUGAAUAUCCCUACAAAUAUUGUUAACGGUCCUGUUGUCUCGUCUCAUGGUUCAAGUGUUUUGGACAAAACCUGUUUGGUUCGAGAAACACUUGAUUUGCCAAAGUUGGUUUUACCUACACACACCAACAAUAGGGUAGACUUUAGUCCGCUGUUGGAUCUUCAUGCAGAUUAUGAUGAAGAUAGUCUUCCGUCGCCUACAAGAGAGGAUUUACCAAAAUUUCCUAUACCAAAGCCCAUUGGUUUUGGAAUGGCGCCACCUGUGUUUUCUCAGCCAAUAACUGCGAUGAGUGAAGGAGGGGAAGAUGGUAUGUUACAUCCAUAUGUAACUGAUGCACUAAAGGCUGUGUCGUCCUACCAGAUGAAAUUUGGCAGGAGUUCCAUUUUGUCAAUUGAUCGUCUUCCAAGUCCAACUCCCUCAGAAGAUGGUGGGAACGAAGAUGAUUCCACUGAGGAAGUAUCCAGUUCUAUAGUUUUUUGUAAUCCCAAAACUGCUCAUGCAACAGCUCAAUUUCGGAUGCCCAAAUCUAGGAGCAGUGCUCCAUGCAUAAAUGGUUCAAAUAGCAACAGAUGCCCUCCAGUUGAGCACGUUAAUCCGGCAUCAAAACCUACUUUAAAGUCUGGAUUAAAGAGGAGAGACCCAAGGAUUAAGUUUGUGAAUAAUGAAGUGAAAAGUCUUCUUGAGGAGAGAAGAGUUACAGAACCCAAGCCACUCGACAGUGAUCCAGUGGGAGAGACUAGGAAUAUUAAAAAGCAUAAGACAGAUGAGUCUGUAGCUAAGGACCAUACAAUGAAAAAACAAAGAAAGGAGCUUGCAACUUCGAGAGGAAUGCGGAUGGCAUCAGGGAGUGGAUGGCCAGAGGACAAGAAUGUUAUCUUUCAACCCAGUGGCAGGAUCAAAGUGAAUGAAAAAAUUCAGGUUGAUGAUAGAAAAAUGGGAACUGCAGCAGCAGUUCCUGAUAAAAAACAAAUAUUUGUUAGUAAUUUUAUUGAGUUAAAUGGUCUUCAAUCAAUUCCUAAAAGUAAUCCCACUCCCACUAUUUCUUUGCCUUCGUUGCUGAAAGCUGUGAACCCAACAAUUCUUAUGCAUCUACAUCCACUGGAACAGCAGCGACUAGCAGGAGAGAAUCAAAAGAAAAAUACUGUUUCAACAAGUGAGAGUGCAAAUGUUUUGAGUGAUAGUGGACUGCCGGGAAUAGUAGCUUCAGUAAAUUAUGCUCCACUCAAGUCAAAAGAAUCUGGUCUUAAGCAUCCAGGAAUAUCUCCGAUUGCUUCACAGAUUGCUUCUUUGAGCACUCAACCAGAUGCUGCAAGGAUUCACAUGAAACCUCGUGAUCCCCGCCGUAUUCUCCAGGAAAAUAUGUUACAGAAGAAUGAUAGUGUUGUAUAUCAACAAAGUAAAAGAAAUGCAUCUGUUUCUGAUCCCCAGUUCAGUUUGGUACAUCUGUCUGCUCCUCUGCAGUUAACCAAGAACCUUGUUUUGCCUAGAUCCCAAGUAGUUGCAACUUCACAAGUACUUCCGCCCAGUAUCAACCAGCCAGUUCCAAGUCAAGUUAAUCAGGUGACCGUGGAGGCAGCUUCAGGAGAGUUGAAUGAUUCAAAAGCCACCUCUCUUCCAGUUUCUGAAACAGGCGAGAAAGGUAGUAAACAAUCAACCAAUCCUUGGGGAGAUGUUGAACAUUUACUUGAUGGCUAUAACGAAGAACAAAAAGCAACCAUCCAAAAAGAGAGAUCAAGGAGGAUAGCAGAACAGAAUAAAAUGUUUGCUGCUAGGAAGCUUUGUCUUGUCCUUGAUUUGGAUCAUACACUUCUUAAUUCUGCAAAGUUUGUAGAAGUUGAUCCAGUUCAUGAAGAUAAAUUAAGGAGGAAAGAAGAGCAAGACAAGGAGAUGCCACAACGACAUCUUUUUCGCUUUCAACAUAUGGGAAUGUGGACAAAAUUGAGACCAGGCGUCUGGAAUUUUCUGGAGAAGGCUAGUAAGCUCUACGAACUGCAUUUAUAUACCAUGGGAAACAAACUGUAUGCUACAGAGAUGGCAAAGGUGCUAGAUCCAACAGGAACAUUGUUUGCUGGCCGGGUCAUCUCUAAGGGAGAUGAUGCUGAUACUUUUGAUGGCGACGAAAGGGUUCCGAAAAGCAAGGAUCUAGAUGGUGUUUUGGGUAUGGAAUCAGCUGUGGUGAUUAUUGAUGACUCGGUUAGAGUAUGGCCACUUAACAAACUCAAUUUGAUUGUUGUGGAGAGAUAUACUUACUUUCCUAGUAGUAGGCGCCAAUUUGGACUUCUUGGACCUUCUCUUCUCGAGAUUGAUCAUGAUGAGAGGCCAGAGGAUGGUACACUUGCUUCUUCAUCGGCGGUCAUUGAGCGUAUUCAUCAGAAUUUCUUCUCACAUAACUCCUUAAAAGAUGUAGAUGUUCGAAAUAUACUAGCAACUGAGCAACAUAAAAUUCUUGCAGGGUGUCGUAUAGUUUUUAGUCGGGUUUUCCCAGUUGGGGAAAUCAAUCCUCAUAGGCAUCCUCUAUGGCAGACAGCCGAACAGUUUGGUGCCGUCUGCACUAACCAAAUUGAUGAACAGGUUACUCAUGUUGUAGCCAAUUCUCUUGGAACCGACAAGGUGAAUUGGGCUCUAUCUACUGGAAGAUUUGUUGUUCAUCCUGGCUGGGUGGAAGCUUCAGCUCUUCUCUAUCGCCGAGUCAGCGAGCAGGAUUUUGCUGUUAAAACUCUAACAUGAUCAAUUCAUCAUACAAAAAUUCAACCCAAUCGAUUCAUGUCAACUAAAUCGUUAAAUUCUGGUGGUAAACAAUUGAAGUUACUCAAAAUCACAUACCUAAAAUUAACUCACGGCCAACAGGUAGAAAUACCAUCAGUCACCAUGAGAGGCAAAAACGAUGAUUUUGGUAGGAAGACCUGUGGAGUGUGUGAAUGUUAAUGAAGAUUAGAACUGGAGGAAAAGGGCAUCUGAUCGCGUUUUGCUAGUCAUAAAAAAGAGUGCUCUAAGAUUGCAUAAUAUGGUUUUAAGAUGGCUAGCAACUAAUCACUUCACAUGAAGGCAAGUGAAAUUAAAUCAAUUUCUACCAAGAGUAUGGUUGGUGGAAGAUUGGCUGACCAGUAAAAAGACUCAGGACCAGUAGUUAAAAGGUUUCUAGUGGGUUAUGUUAUUUCAAUGUUUGUUAUUUAGGCAGGAGCAGCUGCAAACAUUUGAAGGAAUCCACCAACUUCCAACUUCCCAGAUGCAUGGUUUCAUGACUCAAUUUCCUUUCCAUAAAUAUUAACUAAUUGGACUUUCGUGGAAGAUUCUAAAUUGGUUGCAGAUUAUGUUUGAAUAUGAUCAUGUAAACAAAUAAUACUUAAAAUGGAAAAAUAGAAAUGAUAAAAGUUUUUUUUUUUGUUUUC